AUGCUGCUCAAGUUUGUAAUUGUCCUACUAGCUUUAGUCGCUAUAGUAGGAUCUUCCCCAAUUGUCACAAACUAUUUAGUUCGUUCUGAGGCAGUCCUUCGAAAAGAAAAUGUGGUAAGCGGUCUAACUUCAACACUAAAAAAUGUUCCAGUUCCAGAUGAUGCACUUCGUUCUGAGGCAAUCCUUCGAAAAGAAAAUGUAGUAAGCGGUUUGACUUCAACACUCAAAAAUGUUCCAGUUCCAGAUGAUGCACUUCGUUCUGAGGCAAUCCUUCGAAAAAAAAAUGUAGUAAGCGGUCUGACUUCAACACUCAAAAAUGUUCCAGUCCCAGAUGAUGCACUUCGUUCUGAGGCAAUCCUUCGAAAAGAAAAUGUAGUAAGCGGUUUGACUUCAACACUCAAAAAUGUUCCAGUUCCAGAUGAUGCACUUCGUUCUGAGGCAAUCCUUCAAAAAGAAAAUGUAGCAAGCGGUUUGACUUCAACACUCAAAAAUGUUCCAGUUCCUGAUGAUGCACUUCGUUCUGAGGCAAUCCUUCGAAAAGAAAAUGUGGUAAGCGGUCUGACUUCAACACUCAAAAAUGUUCCAGUCCCAGAUGAUGCACUUCGUUCUGAGGCAAUCCUUCGAAAAGAAAAUGUAGUAAGCGGUUUGACUUCAACACUCAAAAAUGUUCCAGUUCCAGAUGAUGCACUUCGUUCUGAGGCAAUCCUUCGAAAAGAAAAUGUAGUAAGCGGUUUGACUUCAACACUAAAAAAUGUCCCAGUCCCAGAUGAUGCACUUCGUUCUGAGGCAAUCCUUCGAAAAGAAAAUGUAGUAAGCGGUUUGACUUCAACACUCAAAAAUGUUCCAGUCGCAGUUCGUUCUGAGGCAAUCCUUCGAAAAGAAAAUGUAGAAAGCGAUCUGACUUCAACACUCAAAAAUGUUCCAGUCCCAGAUGAUGCACUUCGUUCUGAGGCAAUCCUUCGAAAAGAAAAUGUAGUAAGCGGUUUGCCUUCAACACUAAAAAAUGUUCCUGUCCCAGAUGAUGCACUUCGUUCUGAGGCAAUCCUUCGAAAAGAAAAUGUUGUAAGCGGUCUGACUUCAACACUCAAAAAUGUUCCAGUCCCAGAUGAUGCACUUCGUUCUGAGGCAAUCCUUCGAAAAGAAAAUGUAGCAAGCGAUCUGACUUCAACACUCAAAAAUGUCCCAGUCGCAGUUCGUUCUGAGGCAAUCCUUCGAAAAGAAAAUGUAGCAAGCGAUCUGACUUCAACACUCAAGAAUGUCACAGAAGCAGUUCGUUCUGAGGCAAUCCUUCGAAAAGAAAAUGUAGCAAGUGAUCUGACUUCAACACUCAAAAAUGUCCCAGAAGGAGUUCGUUCUGAGGCAAUCCUUCGAAAAGAAGAUGUAGCAAGCGAUCUGACUUCAACACUCAAAAAUGUCCCAGUCGCAGUUCGUUCUGAGGCAAUCCUUCGAAAAGAAAAUGUAGAAAGCGAUCUGACUUCAACACUCAAAAAUGUUCCAGUCCCAGAUGAUGCACUUCGUUCUGAGGCAAUCCUUCGAAAAGAAAAUGUAGUAAGCGGUUUGCCUUCAACACUAAAAAAUGUUCCUGUCCCAGAUGAUGCACUUCGUUCUGAGGCAAUCUUUCGAAAAGAAAAUGUAGUAAGCGGUUUGCCUUCAACACUAAAAAAUGUUCCUGUCCCAGAUGAUGCACUUCGUUCUGAGGCAAUCCUUCGAAAAGAAAAUGUUGUAAGCGGUCUGACUUCAACACUCAAAAAUGUUCCAGUCCCAGAUGAUGCACUUCGUUCUGAGGCAAUCCUUCGAAAAGAAAAUGUAGUAAGCGGUUUGACUUCAACACUAAAAAAUGUUCCUGUCCCAGAUGAUGCACUUCGUUCUGAGGCAAUCCUUCGAAAAGAAAAUGUUGUAAGCGGUCUGACUUCAACACUCAAAAAUGUUCGAGUCCCAGAUGAUGCACUUCGUUCUGAGGCAAUCCUUCGAAAAGAAAAUGUAGUAAGCGGUUUGCCUUCAACACUAAAAAAUGUUCCUGUCCCAGAUGAUGCACUUCGUUCUGAGGCAAUCCUUCGAAAAGAAAAUGUUGUAAGCGGUCUGACUUCAACACUCAAAAAUGUUCCAGUCCCAGAUGAUGCACUUCGUUCUGAGGCAAUCCUUCGAAAAGAAAAUGUAGCAAGCGAUCUGACUUCAACACUCAAAAAUGUCCCAGAAGGAGUUCGUUCUGAGGCAAUCCUUCGAAAAGAAGAUGUAGCAAGUGAUCUGACUUCAACACUCAAAAAUGUCCCAGAAGGAGUUCGUUCUGAGGCAAUCCUUCGAAAAGAAAAUGUAGAAAGCGAUCUGACUUCAACACUCAAAAAUGUCCCAGAAGGAGUUCGUUCUGAGGCAAUCCUUCGAAAAGAAGAUGUAGCAAGCGAUCUGACUUCAACACUCAAAAAUGUCCCAGUCGCAGUUCGUUCUGAGGCAAUCCUUCGAAAAGAAAAUGUAGAAAGCGAUCUGACUUCAACACUCAAAAAUGUUCCAGUCCCAGAUGAUGCACUUCGUUCUGAGGCAAUCCUUCGAAAAGAAAAUGUAGUAAGCGGUUUGCCUUCAACACUAAAAAAUGUUCCUGUCCCAGAUGAUGCACUUCGUUCUGAGGCAAUCUUUCGAAAAGAAAAUGUAGUAAGCGGUUUGCCUUCAACACUAAAAAAUGUUCCUGUCCCAGAUGAUGCACUUCGUUCUGAGGCAAUCCUUCGAAAAGAAAAUGUUGUAAGCGGUCUGACUUCAACACUCAAAAAUGUUCCAGUCCCAGAUGAUGCACUUCGUUCUGAGGCAAUCCUUCGAAAAGAAAAUGUAGUAAGCGGUUUGACUUCAACACUAAAAAAUGUUCCUGUCCCAGAUGAUGCACUUCGUUCUGAGGCAAUCCUUCGAAAAGAAAAUGUUGUAAGCGGUCUGACUUCAACACUCAAAAAUGUUCCAGUCCCAGAUGAUGCACUUCGUUCUGAGGCAAUCCUUCGAAAAGAAAAUGUAGUAAGCGGUUUGCCUUCAACACUAAAAAAUGUUCCUGUCCCAGAUGAUGCACUUCGUUCUGAGGCAAUCCUUCGAAAAGAAAAUGUUGUAAGCGGUCUGACUUCAACACUCAAAAAUGUUCCAGUCCCAGAUGAUGCACUUCGUUCUGAGGCAAUCCUUCGAAAAGAAAAUGUAGCAAGCGAUCUGACUUCAACACUCAAAAAUGUCCCAGUCGCAGUUCGUUCUGAGGCAAUCCUUCGAAAAGAAAAUGUAGCAAGCGAUCUGACUUCAACACUCAAAAAUGUCCCAGUCGCAGUUCGUUCUGAGGCAAUCCUUCGAAAAGAUGAUGCAGCAAGCGAUCUGACUUCAACGCUCAAAAAUGUCCCAGUCGCAGUUCGUUCUGAGGCAAUCCUUCGAAAAGAAAAUGUAGCAAGCGAUCUAACUUCAACACUCAAGAAUGUCCCAGUCGCAGUUCGUUCUGAGGCAAUCCUUCGAAAAGAAAAUGUAGCAAGCGAUCUGACUUCAACACUCAAAAAUGUCCCAGAUGCAGUUCGUUCUGAGGCAAUCCUUCGAAAAGAAGAUGCAGCAAGCGAUCUGACUUCAACACUCAAAAAUGUCCCAGACGCAGUUCGUUCUGAGGCAAUCCUUCGAAAAGAAAAUGUAGAAAGCGAUCUGACUUCAACACUCAAGAAUGUCCCAGAAGCAGUUCGUUCUGAGGCAAUCCUUCGAAAAGAAAAUGUAGCAAGCGAUCUAACUUCAACACUCAAGAAUGUCCCAGUCGCAGUUCGUUCUGAGGCAAUCCUUCGAAAAGAAAAUGUAGCAAGCGAUCUGACUUCAACACUCAAAAAUGUCCCAGAUGCAGUUCGUUCUGAGGCAAUCCUUCGAAAAGAAAAUGAGCCAACCGAUCUGACUUCGACACUCCAAAAUGUCUCAGGCGCAGUAGAUGCAGUUCGUUCUGAGGCAAUCAUUCGCUAA